UCCAAACAAUUUGCAAGAUUUUUUUUUCUUUUAAUCAAAUAGUUCUUGAAAAUCUUGAAUGGCGGAAGCUUUCCUUGGAAUAGUUCUUGAAAAUCUGAGCUCAUUGAUACAAGGUGAGAUUGGAAUGAUAAUGGGUGUGGAUGAAGAGAUGAAUAAUCUGUUCAGCACACUCACCACCAUUCAAUCUGUGCUCGAAGAUGCCGAAACGAAGCAACCCGAAAGCAGAGCCAUACAGAACUGGCUAAUCAAGCUAAAUGAUGUUACAUAUGAGAUUGAUGACAUCUUGGAUGAGUGUGCUACACAAUUCUCUAUAUGGAAGCACAAAAACAGCAAACUAAGUCGCUAUAGCGUCAAGAAACUUCUCUUCCGGCGCAAAAUCGGAACAAGGAUGAAGCCAUGGUUCGCCGGAAUGGCGUCGGAACGGCCGUUCCGGAACGGGAACGGUGUCCUCCAUUCCGGAAUCCGUAACCAGAACGGUGUUUGCACUGUGAUUCGUCGAAACGCCGAGAAAUCGGUGGGAUGGGCGAGACGGAGCCACGGAACGGCACCGGAACGGUGCCGGAACAGGAAAAAAGAUUUUGAAAAAAAAAAAAAAAAUUUGACUAAAAAAAUAAGGAAAAUAAACAUAAAUUUUGCUGUCGAUAAAUCGAUCGAGUUUGCUGCCUCACGUGAGACUGAUUCGAUUUUGAAUGCGUCUCGUGUUGUUUACGUUAGGGAAGAAGAUGCGAAGAAGAUUGUUGACAUGUUGGUCAACCAGGUCAACGACAAUCAAGAAAUUACCAUCCUGCCCAUAAUUGGUGUUGGAGGCCUUGGCAAGACUACCCUUGCUCGAUUAGUCUACAACGAUCAACGGGUCGUUGAACAUUUCGACAAAUGCAUUUGGGUUUGUGUGUCCGACAAUUUUGAUCUCACGACUUUGCUGAAAGCCAUGAUUGAGUUUGCCGCUGAAAGUGCUGCUACGGAUUUAGCAAACCUGGAUACUUUACAGGACCGACUCCGAGAGUUGUUGAACCAGAAGAAGUACUUACGUGUGCUGGACGAUGUUUGGAACGAAGAUCAAGAUAAGUGGUCGGAAUCGAAAAAUGUUCUCUCGUGUGGCUCAACUGGUAGUUCGAUUAUUGUCACCACACGCCUCAAAGAAGUUGCUGAUUUAAUGGGAACACUUCCAGCACAUCACUUGUCACGGUUAUCGGACGAGCAAUGCUGGAUGCUGCUCAAAGAACGUGCAUUCGGACAAGAGAAAGAGGAAUAUCCAAACCUGGAAGCCAUUGGAAGCCAUUGGGAAGCAGAUUGUGAACAAGUGUGGUGGUGUUCCAGUGGCAGCUAAGGCGCUUGGAAGUCUGUUGCGGUAUAAGAGGGAAGAGACGGAAUGGAUUAAUGUGAAAGAAAGCGAAAUAUGGGAAUUACCCGAAACUCGGAUACUGCCAGCCUUGAGAUUGAGUUAUCAUCAUCUUCCUUUGGCAUUGAGACAAUGUUUUGCUUAUUGUGCCGUAUUUCCGAGGGAAUCUUGUAUUGAGAAAGGAGAACUGAUCUUUAUGUGGAUGGCGCACGGAUAUAUUUCACCAAAGGGAGCAUUGGAAAUGGAGGAUGUUGGCAAUAAUAUAUGUGAUGAGCUAGUUUUGAGAUCCCUUUUGCAAUAUGAUAGUCGAGAUGCAGAUGAAAAGACUUUGAUCAUGCACGAUCUUGUUCGUGAUCUCGCCCAAUCAAUCAUGGAGAACAAAAUUCCCGGAGUACAAGUCCAAAGGGCGAACGUUAGUAGCGCAUCUGAUCAUAGCAAAAUCCGCGAGGUAUAUU